ACAAAAAAAUAUUACGGUAAUGACAAAAGUAACUUACUUUUGAAUUAAAAAGUUGUUAAAAUUUGCUACAUUAAAAGUUUUUUUCUUGUUUUGAAAAUGAAAACUUUUACUGCUACAGUUUUUGAAAAUCUCAUUGCUCACUGAUUUAAAAGUUUUUACUUUUAAUUCGACUGUAAAAUUUCUUUCAUUUUGACGUUCUCGUGUAACCGUGUACGCCUAAGUCGCAAAUGUAAACAAACACUUUGGUGGGUCCAGUGGUGCUGGUGAGUCUAGGACGCAAAGCAAAGCCGAUCGCGGCAGCAGCCAGGACUCGGACGCAGAAACCUUCGUGAGCCAAACAGCAGCAGCGGAACGCCUUCGAAGGAGGGUGGUGCAGGAGCGGGACGAGAUCGAGUGCUCGAAAAGGACAAGGCCAGCUUCUUACAGGAACUGCAGCUGUUCCACGGCCGGAAUGCGAUGAGAGGUAGGAAUGUGGAUUCGCACCGGUUGUAUUGGGUGGUGGUGGCCCGUGUUGGUGGUUGCAGGUCAAUUCGCGUGAGGACUGGGGCGAGAUCAUCGAGGAGAUGGCGCUGCCGGUUUUUGGACAAGUACGCGAAAGUUUAUUUUCACGAUGGGCUUCCGAAGAAGAGGAGGACAACGAAAAGCUACAUAAUCGGAGGUAGUCAGCGCAGAUGUUGCACUCGGUGCCUGCGGUUUACAGCACCGCAACUUCCCGCCCACAAACACUCACGUCGCGACGGCGCAGCUUCAGCCGAAUGAAUCUGGACAGUGAGCCAAAAAAAAUCUGUGUCACUCUCGAAGUAGGAUUACGUGCUCAAAAUCGAACUCCGUUCCGAGGGCCUCAUCAACUCCAUGUUCCGGAUGCGCUUCCAGGAUCGGGAACUCCCCGUUCAGGCACUUUACUUUCCAGCCGGGAAACGUCGACCACCCUUCCCGAAUCAAUGGCCAACUCCUCCAAGAUUGUCCUGAUUGAGGCCGGAAACGUGACCAUCGUGUUACACUGCUGUCGCGCGUCGAAGCCUCCAUCCGGAACCGUCCAGCCUGGGGUAUUCGGAAGUGACCGGUGGCGUACCGUAUGAAGCAGAAGCUAGUGGAGAA